CAACUAUAAAAACAACAUCCCGCAAGAGACUACACAACGACACCAAAUAAAAAGGCAUACUAAAUCCAUCUUUUUUCCAAAAUUAGCAAGAAUGGUUUCGGUCACAUCAUCAGAAGCAUCAAGAAGCCGAUCAAAGAAGGUGUGUGUGAUUGGAGCUGGACCGUCUGGGCUAGUCUCGGCAAGGGAGCUGAGAAAAGAAGGACACAAAGUGGUGGUGAUGGAGCAAAACAACGACGUAGGAGGUCAGUGGUUGUAUCAACCAAACGUGGAAGAAGAAGAUCCUUUAGGAAGUAGUGUUCCUAUGAAUGGUGAACUUAAGGUCCAUAGCAGCAUUUACUCUUCCUUGAGACUAACCUCACCGAGAGAGAUAAUGGGCUAUUCGGAUUUUCCAUUUUUGGCGAAGAAAGGGAGAGAUAUGAGGAGGUUUCCAGGGCAUAAGGAGCUUUGGUUAUAUCUUAAGGACUUUUGUGAAGCUUUUGGGGUAAGAGAAAUGAUUAGGUUUAAUGUUAGAGUUGAGUUUGUAGGGGAAGAAGAUAAAAAUGAAGAUGUGAGGAGAUGGAUUGUGAGAAGUAGAGAGAAACUAAGUGGUAAGGUCAUUGAAGAGAUCUUUGAUGCUGUUGUUGUUGCUACUGGUCAUUACUCUCACCCAAGAUUGCCCUCUAUAAAAGGAAUGGGUUCUUGGAAAAGGAAGCAAGUUCAUAGCCAUGUUUACCGGGUGCCUGAUCCAUUUCGUGAUGAGGUAGUGGUGGUGGUUGGGAACUCAAUGAGUGGACAAGACAUAUCAAUAGAGCUUGUGGAAGUGGCAAAGGAAGUUCAUUUAAGUGCCAAGUCACUUGACAUAACUUCUGGACUUUCCAAAGUCAUCUCCAAACACUCAAACCUUCAUAUUCAACCACAGAUUGAAUGCUUAAAAGAUGAUGGCAGAGUCAUCUUUGUGGAUGGAUCUUGGGUCGUCGCUGAUACAAUUUUAUACUGCACCGGGUACUCGUACAAAUUUCCAUUUCUUGAGAGUAAAGGAAGAGUAAAAGUAGAUGAUGAUAGAGUCGGCCCGCUCUUUGAACAUACUUUCCCUCCUUCUCUCUCCCCUUCCCUCUCAUUUGUCGGUAUCCCAAGAAAGUUAAUAGGGUUCCCAUUCUUUGAAGCACAAGCAAAAUGGAUAGCACAAGUAUUGUCUGGAAAGUUAUCUCUUCCUUCUUCCGACCAAAUGAUGCAAUCUGUCGCCGACUUUUACCGUUCAAGAGAUCUCGCCGGUGUCCCUAAACACAACACUCACGACAUUGCUGAUUUCACUUAUUGUGACAAGUAUGCGGAUUAUGCUGGCUUUCCUCAUUUAGAAGAAUGGAGGAAACUACUUUGUUUGUCUGCUCUCAACAAUUCACAGGAAAAUCUUGAGACGUAUCGUGAUUCUGGGGAUGAUCAUGAACUCCUUCAAGAAGCUAUGCAAAGCUCUCACUUUACAAAUUUCAAUUCUUGAAACUCUUCUCUUGUUAUGUUUUGUUAAAUUAUUUUUGUUAAGUUACGAAGAAAAGAAUCUCUCUUUCUUCCUAUUUAUCUAGUUUGGUUUUUGUUUUAUGUUUUUUGGUUGACAUUUAUAUCCAUAUACAUUUAUA